AUGCUCCGUUUACUCUUGGUGCUGGAAGUGUUCAUGCAGCUCUUCGUCUUCGUCGUGCCCAAACUUCAUAUUCUGGGACAUACGACAUCGUGCCAACUGCUUUAUUCGUUCAACUACACGCUUGGGGGUGGACAAACUGAUGGAGAAGGAAUCGAACGCCCGUGGAGUAUGAUUGGUGGAGUUGCUGCAAGCACGCGGGUCAGUGGUCCUGGUGCACGAUCGGACCUUCUAGAUGAUCAUUGGUCAUUUUGGAACUGGUCGAAGCUCGUGAAUCUGGGUUUAACAGAAGCUCAAGUGCGAGAGAAGCUGGAGGCCGAGGAAGAGUUGCAGGCAUUGACGGGCAAGCUGCGGAUUCAUGAAAUUAGCCCCGUCAACUUCAUUGCCGACUUGCUCGAGAUCGAGAACGAACAGCGUCGCAUUGCUGGCCUGGCCGAGCUCAAAAAAGCCAAGUCGACAACAAUGAAAAUCAAUCUUCGACGCCUUCGACGGAGUCUGAAUAAACGAAUUGCCAAAAUACGCUUGCUACAAGCCACGUAUAUGCCCGCUGCUCUACAGCAGCUCAAAGAAAUGAAGCUUUCGGAAAACAUCUUACCUGAAGAUAUUCCUUUGAUUCCGCCUUCUGCCUUGACUGCUUUGCGACGAAGGGAAGGAGGAUGCUUGGAGGGACUAGCAGAGAUUGAAAAAUUCAUGCGGGAUGCACAAUGUCGAGCUGCUCUUGUGGGCUUGCGCAAUCAACUCCUCGUCAAAUACCGACUCCUGCUCUACAAGACGAAUCAUUCGCGAAACCAGACAAUGAACACCCGCUCUCGGUCACUGGUUGCGCGUAAUGAGAGUCAAGUCUUACUUCAUUCCAAGAAGUAUCAGGCUGCUUGGUUAGCGUUGGUGCUUCUGGAGGAUGGUGUAGAAGGGAGGGUAGGCUGGAGACGCCUUUGCAAAGAGGACAUUCGGUGUUUGGAAGAUUCGGAAGAACUGGUGAAGAAGCAUGCGAGAGGGGAAAAGGCUGAAGCACGACGCGCAAGAGAUGAAGCAGCACUUCGCCAAGCCGGCAUCACUCCUUUGAAUAUCCACCGUGUCCAAAACGACAGUGACGCAGACGAAGAAGACAAUAUCAACAUAGUAUCUGCUCCGCCUCGCAACCAGGCAUCCAAGAAGAAGAAGAUGCCGGCUCAUAAAGGCUCUGCCGUUCAGUCUGGUGAAAGUCGACGGGUUGUAUCGUGGAUCUGGACGAUGGCUGGGAUGACGGGGUCCGACGCCGAAAUGGAGGAAGCUCUACGAAUCGAAUGGGCAAAAGCUUAUGCUCGUGUUCGACGCUGGAACGAAGAAGUAGCGCUACUACAGGAAGAGUGGCGACGCCUACCCCAGUCUUUCGCUCACGAGGAAGGGUUGUGGACCGCGAGGGCCAAGAUGAUUCCCGUUGGGGCUAUUCCACCAGCAGAUGCGGAAGGGCUGAUGGCCUAUGCCCUAAAGCAUGUCAGCAUGUAUCGCAAUCUGGCGGGGAUGGCAGAAGCUGUGCGGACACAACCGAAGCUCAAGAAGGGGACCCGUCGACCAAGAUAUCAGCCCGCCCCAGCGAUAGACCUGACGGCGAUUACGACAGAUGGCAAUGACGGAGCUGUAGAUGUUGAUGGCUAUAUUGAAGAGGAUGACGCAGAUGGUGAAGACGGGAACCAGAGCGACGAGGAGCUUUUGCUAACGGGUGAAAUCGACGAUUGGUAG